GGCACGGUCGCGGUCCAAAGCUGCUGGGAGCCGGAUGACGUCGCGGCCACAUCGGCUGGAGGGAGGUGAGAAAGGCCGAGAGCGGGAUGGAUGGGGCGGCUGGACGACCACACUCGGAGCUUUGCUGCUAACGGACACUCAGGUGCUUAUUACUGAUGCUAUGGAUUAUUUUGCAGUGGGCUAUAAAAGUGAGACUUUUAGGAGCAGCUAAGAGCCAAACAGAGUGCAUUGUUUUCUGAAGUACAGUCACGCUUUUCCUUCCAAGUCCAUCUCUGAGGCUCCACAUAAACUUAAAGCACUUGGUACUUGAAGCAAUUUUGUCAUUGGGUGAUUUGGAGCUAUGUUUGCAAAACUGAAAAAGAAGAUCACUGACGAGGCAGGCAACACCUCACGGCCUGGUAUGGGACGGAUUCCAAGAUCGGUCAGCAGAGACUCCAUCACCUCAGUAGGAGCUGACUCAGGAGAUGAUAUUGCUUCUGACAGUAGCUGUUCCCGAGAGGACCUGUUGUCUCAGCUGUUGCGGCGAAAUGACCAAGUUCGAAAGUUGGAAGUGAAGCUGUCAGAUUAUGCCGAGCAGCUGCGAAAUUUGCAGAAGACAAAAGAGAAGCUUGAGCUUGCAUUAGAAAAACAUCAGGAUUCCUCAAUGAGGAAACUUCAGGAACAGAAUGAAACAUAUCAAGCCAACAGAGCAAAAAUGGCAGAAGGAAUGGCACUAGCCUUGGAAAAGAAGGAUCAGGACUGGAUGCUAAAAGUUUCAAUUCUUGAAAAGGAGAAAGCAAUGUUUGAGAAUCAGCUGAAACAAAUGAAGGAUCACAGUUUGAACCUGUUCCAGAAACGAGACGAGCAGGAUGAACUGGAUGGAUUUCAGCAGCAGGAACUUGCCAAAGUCAAACAUAUGCUCCUGAGGAAAGAAGAGAUGUUGUCCAAUUUUGAAAGGGAACUUGAGGAACGGAAAACAGAGCUAGAUCAAACCAAAGAGGAGCUAAAAGUCUCCAAUCAGAAACUCUUAAAUCAAGACAAAAGGCUUGAACAGCUACUGACACUUAAUGCAGAUAUUAACAAAGAAAGAGAAGAAUUUGUGGCUACAAAAAGAAGUGCAGAAGGAAAAAUAACUGUAUUAGAAUGCAGGGCACGGGAAUUGCAGAAUGUGAUUCAAAGACUCUCAGCUGAUUUACAUAAGGCAUCUGCCGAGACUGAGGAGAAGGGAAAGGUUAUAGAGCAUCUGCAGGCAAAAGUAUUUUCCCUAGAAAAGCGUUUAGAGGGAAAUUAUUCCGAGGAUGAACAUGUACAGGAUCUGCUUAAAGAGAAAUCCUAUCUGGAGCAGAAACUGGAAGAAACAAGGCAUCAUUUGUUGGAAGCUAAGACUAGCCACACUGAGGCUGUCAGCAUUCUCAAAACACAGAUAGCUAAGCUAAACAAUGAAGUGGUAGAAAUCCAGACUUUAAUGAAGCAAAAAGAUGAUGAGAUGCAGGCUGUCAAAGACGAGAAUGCUACUCAGAUCAGUGAACUGGAGCAAAGGUUAAAUCUUACCAAGGGAAAGCUAAUACUAAAAGAAAAUGAUGUGAAUGAAAAAGAAGUUCAAAUAAAAAAGUUGCAAGAAGAAAGCGAAGCCGAAAGUGACAGAUUACAGCAUCAAAUUGCUACUUUAAAACAUCAGCACACAGAAAGGACUAACCGAGUGGAUGCUCAAAUAGCUGCCCUUGAAACUGCCCGUGAAUUUGACAAAACAGCCUCGCAACAUAAGAUAAGCCAAUGCCAACAGAAAAAUGAAGAACUAAGUGACAGGCUUAAUGAAACAGAAAAUGCGUUGAGGAAAGUUGAGUGUGAACUUGAAAGGUCGAAGGAAGAAUUAAACAGCAGAGAAACUAUAAAUGCUGAAAUUGCCAAAACGUUAGAAGGGACAAGGCAACAGAAGGAGGAAUUGCAGCAUAAGGUAUUAAAAUUGACAGAAAUGCUGGAUGAAAAAAAUACUUCAGUCUUGCAGAAAGAUAAAGAAUUAAUCAAAAUGCAAGAAGAUUUCAAGAAACUUGAGCAAGACCAUGAAGCUGUGAUGUCACAGACGCAUCAGCUGCAAAUGGAAAGUAAAACUUCUGAAGGUUCAUCAGCAGAACGAGAGGGGGCAGUCCAGAGCCAGUUGAGUGGUCUCAAGUUGCAGCUGAUUGAGAGACAGGAACUCCUGGAAGCCAGUCAGAGGAAGGUGAAAGAUCUAGAAGCAGAGGUGAUGGCCCUCAAUGGACAGUUACAUCCCUCAGAAAAUGAUGAGAAAGGGCAGAAUGGAGAGGUGACAAUUGCAUAUACCGUACAACUUCAGCAGGACAACCAGGAUUUGGAGCAGCAGCUGAUAGAGAAAAACAAGACUAUUAAACAACUAUUGCAGAGGCUAACAGAACUGAAAAAGACGCUACAGAAAGAACUGAAAAUGAAACCAGAAUUGGAGCCUGCUGAAGUCCGGGAGAGAUCUUACUUUGAGCCACCAGCCAGCAUCAAUAAUUCCACCACAGUUGUAAACAAUUCAGAUCUUAAUGACUCCAAGGAGAUAAAUUUUGAAUAUCUUAAACAUGUUCUCCUCAAAUUCAUGUCUGUGCGAGAGUCUGAGGCCUAUCAACUGGUGAAAGCAGUAUCCAUGCUACUUAACUUUACACGUGAAGAAGAGAACUUGCUAAAGGAAUCCUUAGAAUAUAAGAUGUCUUGGUUUGGAUCAAAACCUACUCCUAAAGGUAUUGUACGUCCAUCAAUAACAGGCCGACCACCCCCUCACUGGCAAUGAACUAAGUGUAACGUCUGGAACGUGCACAAAGAACUAUCAGCAUAACUCAUUUGAUGAACACUACAGUUAUUGAUAAUAAGAUAUCCUUAUUAGUGUUUUCAGUCACUGUUAUGACAGUGUUUUAAUACAGGGCUACAAGUUUUCCAGCUGUUUACAAGUAUUUAAUAGUACUGGUACUUUAUAUUAAUACAUCUUUUAAAUGCAAAUGAAGUUGUUCUCCUAUGGGGAAUGAAAUUCAUUGAGGAAAAAGCAGAUGAUAUGGAUUUGAAAUUCUGUAAUUUCUGCACAUGCAAGAGGAACAAUUCUUUUUGGUCCUAUAGCUUUAUUACAGUCCUGAACUGAUUUGAAUGAAACACUGGAGUGACAUGCUGUCAUACACUUACAUCUUUAUAUAUGCGCUCCUCCUUCAUGGAUAGACAUUAACAAAUGCUUACAAGCAUCUUUUUUUAAGCGAUAAUUUUCCUACUGUUAGAACACAAGGAUGGGAAUAAAAUUCGACUGAAGUUAUGCUCCUUCCCUCAUCCAUCCCCACUGUUACAGACGGGGCCAGCAAGUGCUGUUUGUAACUGCUUUUGAACUCGGUAUCAUGGUCUAAAUAGAAUGUAUUUCUGUUUUUAAAUUGCAUUUACAUUUUUACAAUUGAAUCAUUUUGGUGUCAUUUGGAUUAAUAAAAACUGGAAACCUGCAAGACAGAAAUAACACCAAUAAAAUAUAUCAAAAAAUCAAGAGACCAAGUUAAAUAUUGCAAUUGGUUUUUUUGCUUAUUGAUCCAAAAAUACCACUGCAGCCUUUUCAAGUUUCUCCCAAAUAUUCUAAUAAUUGUAAAACAUGCCGUUAUUGAUUCAUUACACCAUUUAGAUCCCUUCCAUAUGUUGUUGCUAUUUAAUGAUUAUCAUGUGGUUUUAUUGCAGUUUAAGAAAAUGGUAGUGUUGUGUGAAAAUGGUGCUGGAACAACCAGAAACAAGGGAUUUGACGCUUGCUAUAAACGGUAGGGCAAGGAUAUAGUACAGUUAGUUCUCAUUUACCUGGGUUAAUGCAAAAGAGAAAAAAUAAACAUUCCAAAGGAGUCUUUAUAAAGGGAACCCUGUAUUGUGUAUAAAAUUGGACAUAUUAGAUGUAAAAAUGGAUGCAUAAAUUAUUUAGCCUUUUGGAGGCAGAAAAUGUUGCUAUUGUAAUAAUGAUGUUCCAUCAGUAUUUUCUUCACCCUGCCAUUGUGAAACUUGGAAUUCUUAUUGAAAGCAAGAGCAACAUAUGUGUGUGUGUAUGUGUAUGUAUAUAUAUAUAAAUAUAUAUAUAUAAAAUAUAUAUAUGUUAUAUAUGAACUAAUGCACUUUUAUUUGUAUAAAAAAUGCUGUGGCGUGUAAUCUUUGUACAUGCAUUGACUGGCCUUAGCGACUAACUUCCCUCACUUGGUGUUGUAAACCUGGAUUGGAUACAGCAACUGACGCAUUGUCUGACCAGUGUUUGCUUGGGAAUAAUUUGUAGGUGCAAUACUUUCCAAUUAAAAUUCCUUUAGACAUGCUGAAA